UAACCACCUCAUAACAACUAGUUUUAACAGCUAGUUUUUUGGUUUUUUUUGGUUGUUGUUCUUCUUCCUGCUUUUUUGAAGACUUAAACUUACCAAAAUGGUGUCUACAGGUCGGCAGAUGCUAGGCUUGGUCCUUGCUAUCAUCGGUUUCUUGGGUAGCAUCAUCAUUUGUGCUCUACCCACAUGGAAAGUCACUGCAUUUAUUGGCGCCAACAUUGUAACUUCUCAGGUAAUUUGGGAAGGCCUCUGGAUGAACUGCGUGACCCAAAGUACUGGUCAAAUGCAAUGUAAAGUCUAUGAUUCCCUGCUCGCUUUACCUCAAGAUCUCCAAGCAGCAAGAGCUAUGGUUGUCAUUGCCAUCAUCAUUGGAGUCUUCGGCAUCCUACUUGGGGUUGUUGGUGGGAAAUGCACCAACUUUGUAGAAGACGAGAGGCAGAAGUGCAAAGUGGCCAUCGCAUCUGGAAUUGUGUUCAUCAUGGCAGGAGUGAUGGUGUUGAUUCCUGUCUGCUGGACCGCCAAUACCAUCAUUAGGGACUUCUACAACCCAGUCAUGACCAAUGCUCAGCGGCGGGAGCUUUUCAAUAUGGCAUCAGUUGGGAUUCAGAUGCUCGCGAGUGUCCUUUGCUUGGUCGGAUGGACUGGGAUCAUUUUUGCAUGUGUGCUUCCAAUGUGGAGGGUGACUGCUUUUGUGGGGAGCACAAUUGUCACAUCUCAGACAGUGUGGGAGGGCAUCUGGAUGAAUUGUGUGGUCCAGAGCACAGGACAGCUCCAAUGCAAACCCUAUGAUUCCAUGCUGGCACUGUCAACUGAUCUCCAGGCUGCCAGGGCACUAAUGGUACUCGCUAUCAUAACAGGUGGUGCCGGGUUGAUUCUGGCAUUUUUUGGAGGCAAAUGCACAAAAUUUUUGGAUGAAGAAGGUCCUGAGACAAAAGGGAAAGUUGCUAUUGCAGCUGGAGCGGUUUUGAUUGCGACCGGAUUGCUUUGUUUGAUACCAACUUCAUGGGCAGCUGGUGCGGUGGUGAAGAAGUUCUACAGCGCUGCGAUUGAUGCCCAGAGACGAGAACUUGGGGCUUGCCUGUACAUAGGAUGGGGGUCUGCCAUUUUGCUAAUGCUGGGAGGAGGUUUGUUUAUAAGUACAGUGUGCCCACUCAAGUCUCACGAAUCAGACAAGAACCCUUCAGUGAGAUACCUUGUGGUCAGAUCUUCAAAUGGAGGAAGUCAAGCAGGGUCCCACUACAGGCUACCAUCAGUGCAAAACCAUCCUGUAGGAGCAAUGUCUAGAGCUCAAAGCUACGAACAACCAAUGAACAGAUCCAAUGUCAUGUACACCAGGCCACCGGUGGAAGAUGAUCAGCCAAUAGCAGGAGAGUCGGAGAGGUCUUGGGCGCCAUCGACGAAGUCCCAAAUGAAGCGCCCCGGGUCGGUCAAAUCGGACGUAAGCGAGGCAUCAACAACAAAGUCCCAAUUGAAAAGAGCUGAGUUAGAGGAGGUGGAAGAGUUGGCCCAAAGUGAUAAUGAGGACGUAUCAUCACAUCCAGCCAAAACAUACUUAUGACUUUUUUACUUGCUAAAUUUUAUCUAGUUUACACUGGACAAUUGUACUUACAUUUUUUUUACAUUAAUGUUAUUUUUUAAAGUUUUAUGAAGGACAAAAACAAAAUGUGACAAUGUCUGAAUUUGUAAGCUCCUUUACUGUCUAAUGUUGCUUCUGUGCAGCAACAAAGCAAAGAUUUGAAAGUUACAUUUUUGUAUUUGCUCUAGGUCAGGUUUGUCCAACUUUUUUCACAGAGGAAAACAUCAAAAAACAUAUUCUAAGCAGAGGGACAUAGACUGGUGCUUAAUACAGUGGGCAUUUAACACACAUCCACCGUACAUUUAAUAAUGCUUUAAAUAUUAAUUUUAUGUUUGUAUCACAAUGCAGUGUGAUGUUAUUGAGGUAGUAGUGGUAGAAUUACUUAUAUUUGCUGUUAAAUGUAAUGCUUGUGGUCAUUUGGGCCAGUUUAGAAGAAGCCGCAUUUGGCCCCAAGCCAUAGUUUGGGCACAGCUCCUCUAGAUCGAAACAAAGACUCCUAUAUACGGUCUAUGGUUUGAACAGAAUAGAAUUUUAUUCCGUGUUUAAGUUCAGUUUAAUAUGCAUUAAACUUUGAGAUGAGUAACAUACUUUGAUUAAAAUGAUUUAUAUUUUAGAAAUGCAAUAACCUACUUUUACUACUGCUAAAAAAAAGAUGUGAAGAUUCGUAUCAAAUGUCAGUGUAUAGAACCAACUGGAAGCACUUAAAUUUUUAAUAAACUAUCACAAACAUUUAUUUGAGUAUCUGGUUUGAGUACCCCUUCCAACUGUGACAAAAGUGAAAAAUGUUGUAUGAUUUUAUAAAUUCAAUAGCACCAACAUUCUCAGUCUCACACUAAAGUGCUUUUCAGGUGGUCUGAUGAGCACUGUGGGGGGAAUGAUUGUCAUAAAUCUUAUUUGUUACCUGUUUAAUUGUCUGCCUGUAUUUGACAUAAAGAAAUCUUAUAUCAAUAAAAAUAAGGAGUGAAAGAAAUUGUACUUAAAUGAUCUGUAUGUCAGUAACAAUGGCAAAAACAAUGACAUCUUACACAAUAACCUAUGCAUAUUAAA